AUGCGAUCGAGCCGAAUAUCGCUGCUGUCGAUGCUGCUGCUGCUGCUGCUGCUGCUGCUGCUGCUGCUGGCGUCGACGCAGGCCACCAAGAUCAGCGGCAAGGCCAAACAAGCGAAAAAGGCCGACUGCUCGAAGCUGGCCGAGCUCGAGGAGACGACGGGCGAUCCCAACGCGUCUCCGGCCGCCAGCAGCAGCACCACUCCGAGUAGCGUAAUUCAGCCGAGCAAGAACAGCACGAGCAGUCGGCAGCGGCCCUGCGUCUGCGCCCAGGGGGUCUGCUCUUGCUGCUCGCGCAUCCUGCUCAAUCUCUGGAAGCAGAGGGCCUGCGUCAACGUGACCUACGACCCGGACGAGUUCGAGUUCACCGCGAGGAUCAGCAUGAACGAUCAGCUCUUCUUCACGCGCACCGUCUCGGGCAAGAACCCGAGGCCCGUCUGCGUGCCCGUCCCGAGGAUCCCGGCCAUCCGAGCCUGCAUCCGCUUCUACAACAUUUACUUCCAGGGCAGGAACGUGCACGCCUGCGUCAACAUGGAGGGCCGAGUUUCCGACACGACUCUCUUCAAGGUCGGCAUGGACUGCAUAAGACUCGGGCAGAACGGCGUGGCCCUGGUCAAGCCCGAGGACGGAGGCGGCAUCGGCCAAAUCGAGCUGCUGCCGAGCGAUCCGGGCGAGGCCGACAGCGACGAGGACUACGACGACGAUUACGACGACUACGACGACGACGACGACGACUUGUUCGAUUACUAGGCCCGUCGACGUUACGUCAUUGUGUGCUUGUGCAGAGGCAGCUCGCUCAUUUGCACAAACACGAGUGAGCCGAGCGAGCUAGUGCAAACAUACUCAUC